GUGAAUAUUUUCCAGCAUCAUCAUUGUACAGGCUUGCUUAUCUACAUGAGGCAAUUGAACUGAAAGUGGUGCACCGAGACAUCACGUCAAGUAAUAUAUUGAUCGAUGAAGAUUUUGAUGCCAAAGUGUCAGAUUUUGGUUUGGCUAAGCUGCUGGGUGCUGGAAAAAGCCACAUUACCACACGAGUCAUGGGGACAUUUGGUUAUGUGGCACCAGAAUAUGCUAAUAGUGGACUACUGAAUGAGAAGAGUGACAUCUAUAGCUUUGGGGUUGUGCUGUUGGAGGCCAUUACUGGGAGAGAUCCUGUGGACUAUAGCUGUCCUGCAAAUAAGGAUCGAAGACAUAGGCGGAAUUGUGGUGGGAGUACAGAGAUUGAAUCCCAGAGAGAGAAUUCUGACACAGACAAAAGUGACAACCCUGAUUCUAAGAUGAACACCAGGAGAAAAAGACCUUGAUGAUAACUGAACUCAAUCUUUCGGGAAGUCUUGCAGGUCUAUUUUCUCACAUUCUUUGGUUUGGACUGCUGCAUCGUUUUGUCUGCAACAGACUCCUCUCCCGCUUCUGAGCCUGAUGUUAGAUAUAGGUGCCCUGCAGGCAAUAAUUGUAUAUUGUAACAGGACCUAUAUGAAUAUAAUA